CCACGACCAUAAAAAAACGCCUCGGUCUGCUGCUCCUGAUUUGAUGGCUGUCACUCAGCUUUCCCGGUCCCAGCCAGUAGGGAGGCCGCCCCACCGCCCACAUUCCUGCGGCUGAAGGGCGGGCAGCGGCAGCAGCGAGGCCGGCUUCGCUCCUUCCUGCCUGCUCUGAGGGGCUCAUCCUGCCUCGCUAACGAAUGGGUGUCUCUCUUUCGCGCGCGCAGCGUACUCUCCCGCGCAUCCUCUCUUCGACCCUCUCUUUCUAUUACGGGCAAAGACCUUCACAGUCUAUAAUGCGCAAGCGCCAAGAGUCGCCUUCCUUCUCCGGCCCGUCUCCGGCUCCCCGAGACAUGCGCAGUGGUAUCUCCCGUCCCGGAGAACGUUGAAUGGACGCUUCUUCCCAGCUUUCUCUGGUGCCGGAAAAGCCGGGGGGGGGCGGGCGGACGCAAAAGUUGUUGGGAAAUCGGGGAAGGACCAUGAAUGGCUGAGUGGAAAAGAAGAAGAAGGUAGCGUCUAGCGUCCGUUGCGCGCAAAUGAACACGCCAGGCAAUCCCGUGUUUUGAUAGCUCACAGUCCCCGCCUCCCGCCCCGACUGUUAAUUUUAAGUAUUAUAUGCAAUAGAUUUAUUAAGUUCUCCCACUGCGUCAGCCUUCCCUUGUUUUAGACCUGAGUGCCGAUUAGCUUAAUUCGAACUGUAGUUGAGCAUAGGGGCAUAGAAACAGAAGCUUGUCUCUGAGCGUGUGCAAAGUGCCAAUUCCAUUAAUAUUGUGCUCCCUUACCGAGCGUCCAUUUCAGUAAUGCCACCCAGACCACUUCUUCUUUUCCCAAUUCCGUAUUCCUGUUCUGAUUGUCGUGCUGAGGAUGUGACAAGGUCCCCAUCUAUUUUCCUGAAGUGAUGCAGGUAAAAUGAAUAGAGAUUUCAUUUUCAGGUCUUCUUAGUACUGUACCUCAACAGAUACGGUUGUUUGUGUUGUGCCUGUCAUGUUCCUUUUGGUGAAAUUAGAUUACGGCUGCACCCCUAAACAGGCUUAUUUGGAAAUAAAUCUGAUUGAAACCAACAGGAUUUAUUACCUGUGGGGACCAAAACUGAAAUCCGGGCUGAUCAGACCUGGAAGUGUCCUUAGUUUAUUAAAGGGGGGAAAUGUUAUUGUCACUCAAAAUUAUGUUCAUUACUAACCCUGUCAUUAGAUCUUUAAUUUUCAAAGGGUUUCUUGUCCUUCCUAGAUCAUCACUGGGGGAUGAUGGGCAUCACUCACUCCAUUUCUCUGUGAUCCUGCCAUGGCUUGUGUGCCUUGUUCCAACACCAGCGAAUUCCCCUUCUUGGCAGACAGGCAUGCUCGUCUUAUACUGGCCCAGAUCAACAAGAUGAGAUGUGGGCAGCACUUCUGUGAUGUGCAGCUCCAGGUUGGUGAAGAAGUAUUUAAAGUCCACCGGCUUGUCUUGGCUGCAAGCAGUCCUUAUUUUGCAGCUCUGUUUGCAGGAGGGAUGAAAGAGUCUUCAAAGGAUGUUGUACGGAUCCUAGGUGUGGAGGCUGACAUCUUUCAGAUACUGCUGGACUUUAUUUACACAGGUAGACUUCAUUUCUAAAACAUUUUUUGAGACCUUGUUAUGCUUUUUGACAAUGCCUUAGUAUCAUGGAGCUUGUGAAUCAAAUGGAUGUGCUGUUUUAUAACUUGUCACUGACUACAUCACAGGCAUCCCCCAAAUUAUGUCACAGGGUCUUCAUUGGUCUGAAUUGUAACACUUCAGAGUUCAUAUGAGGAGCUCCCUUGACUGAAUGUUCAUCCAUAAGAAAAGUUCACUCUGCAUGAAAAAAAUAAAAUGUGAGGUAGAGGGCUUCUAAUCUAGUUUUCUCUGUCAUGCUGACUAUGUGCUGGGAUUUGGGGAGGGUUAAGGAGGAACAUUUAGUCUUGUCAAUGUCUAUGUUCCCAGUCUGAAGUUAUAAUUGAGACACAUUUGCAAUUCUUUAUGAACAGAGCCAGCUAAUUACCAUAGCAUUAGCUGUUUUAUCAUCCGUUUAGUGGGGUGGGGGAAAACAUUCAAUCUGUGCUAUUUGGUUUACGAAAAAGUGUGCCUGUGCUGUAACGUUUCCUGAUCAGUUAAUUAUUUUAAUGGCUGAUGAUACUCCCCCUAAGAUAUUAAUAACAUGGCAAUAAUGUACUCCAGUAGUAUCAUUCAAGGGACAUUCACAAAUUUGUGGUCAAAUUGUAUGCUAUUGUAUUGGCAAGAUUUCGUACCAGCUGAAAUAGUUAUCUGUUGUUCGUUUAGGCAUAGUCAGCAUUGGUGAAAGUAAUGUCCAGGAGCUGAUUGUGGCAGCAGACAUGUUCCAACUCACAGAAGUUGUAGACCUUUGCUGUGAAUUUCUGAAGGGGCAGAUUGAUCCUUCAAACUGCAUUGGACUCUUCCAGUUCUCCGAGCAAAUUGCCUGUCACGAUCUGCUAGAAUUCACAGAGAAUUACAUCCAUGCCCAUUUCCUGGACAUCCAGGACGGAGAGGAAUUCCUGGCUCUGACAAAGGACCAGCUCAUUAAGAUCUUGCGAAGUGAGGAACUGAGCAUAGAAGAUGAGUACCAGGUUUUCAUAGCUGCAAUGCAAUGGAUUCUGAAGGACCUGGGGAGAAGAAAGAAACACGUGGUGGAAAUACUGGAUACAGUUCGAUUUCCGCUGUUACCCCCACAAAGACUCUUGAAAUACAUAGAAGGUAACUCAGAGUAGGGUAGUGUGUGUCUGUACUACAACUCUGUAUCUAAAUCUGUAUAUCUUUUCACAUUACUCAAUGACCCAUUGUGGGCUCUUUGGACUAAUUUUGUGAAGCCCUAACAACUAGAAACACUGGCAUCCCAGCAGAGCUCCAAAACCUCUCAUUAGCAUUUAGGCCUGGAAUCACUAUUACAUAUAGCACCUGCCAGAUUGGGGCCUGUGAUAAAGCUGAAAAUCGUUUUGGAAGUUUGCAGCUGUGGGUAAUACUGGGUAAGGUAAAGAGACCCCUGACCGUUAGGUCCAGUCGCAGAUGACUCUGGGGUUGCAGCGCUCAUCUCGCUUUACUGGCCGAGGGAGCCGGAGUACAGCUUCCAGGUCAUGUGGCCAGCAUGACUAAGCUGCUUCUGGUGAACCAGAGCAGUACACAGAAAUGUCGUUUACCUUCCCGCCGGAGUGGUAGCUAUUUAUCUACUUGCACUUCGUGCUUUUGAACUGCUAGGUUGGCAGGAGCAGGGACCGAGCAACGAGAGCUCACCCCGUCACGGGGAUUCGAAACACCGACCUUAUCGGCAAGCCCUAGGCUCUGUGGUUUAAGAUCCAUUAAAAAGACCUUGCAACAUGAGGCAGAACAUGGUGGCAUUUUACUUCUAACAGGCAGGGAAACCUUGGAUACAUACACACACACAUACAUAAUUUUAUUUUAUUUCACAGUUCAAACCAUGUUCAAGGCAGCUAACAACAUGGGGGGGGAAAUAACUACAACAUAACAAAAGUAGUCAUAAAACAUUAGAAAGUACACAACCAAACGGAACAAUUUCCACAUAAAUCAUGAAAAGAUAUAAAAUAACUAUACAAAGAAACAACAGCAACAAACUCCCUCAUUCCCACAAAAUAUGCUCCCAUCUCCCGGAAAACCCCAAAUACUGACAGUUUGGUCAGUGUGAGGGGUAAGGCUGAAAACUUCUGCAGGAUGGGGUGCGGAUGAGUAUGUGCCUAACUUCAGGUGUCCAUACAUCUAGGUGAAGAAGUGGUUUAUGUAUCAAAGGAAAGAGUGAAGACUGUAGUUCAAAAUAGAGCCUUUAUACUUUUUAAUCUGGACUGGCUUGUAUUCACAAAGGCUGUUAAUGAGAACCAUUAAUGUAGACAGCAUUAGGAGUCUGGGGAACUUCUUUCUGCCCUAUAGAUUGAACAAAAUCUGAGCCUGGAUAUUUCCCAGCAGGGCUACGAGGCAUUUUGCUAUACCUAUAUUGGCUCUUAAUGGUUGGGGUUAAGGAAACAGGAGGAAAGUGAUGUAUUUUAGUAUAUGAGGUUAUUGAUUUUUUUAAAAAUGUGCUGUGACCUAUGCUGAGCUCUUUGGCUGGGGGCAAACUGCAAAUCCAAUAAAUCAGUAGUGGGAAACAUUUUUCUGCCCAAGGGCCACAUUGCCACAUUCCCUUCUGGGGUCCACAUACCAGUGAUAGAUGGGGCUGGAGGAAAAAGUUGGUAGAGCAAGGAAUUUCAGUUUUACCUUUUCUACACACCUAGUUUCUACACACACACUUAAACAUCUCUCUGUCUUCCAUCCAGGUAAGCAUGAGUCAUUAUCAGAGUUCAAAGACACAUUCUAGCCACCCAAAAGCACCUAAAGAGAGUGAUUCAAAGGCAGUGAGGGAUGUGUCCUGGAGAGAUGGUGGGUCUGAGGAAGAAUAGAUGGUCUGGGGAGAGUCCCAAGGGUCAGGCAGGCAGGACUGCAUUUGGCCCCUGACCUGAGGUUUCCAAGCCCUGCAAUAAAUCAGUAACAAUGUAAUUGCUAAAAACUACACAUCCACCUGGUUUAUCUGUAGAUUGGCUAUCACUGAUUGUCCCACGCUUUUGUCUUCUCAAGGGGUUCCUGAUUUCAGCCUUCGAGUGGCUCUUCAAACCCUGUUAAAAGAAUACUGCGAAGUGUGUAAAUCUCCAAAGGAGAGCAAGGUUAGCAGUUUCCUGCAGGCGGCAAAGGCACGUCCCAGGAGGAAAGCCAGGAAGUACCUGUAUGCAGUAGGUAGGAAUCCUGUCUCCUCAUUAGCAUUUCAUGUCUCUUCAGAACCUGAACUGCUGGAGAAGCGCUGCAUGAGAAGAGCCUGUGGAGCUGCUAAUGGUGCCUGCCAUCUCUGUUUUUUGAAUAGGUGGAUAUACUCGCUUGCAGGGAGGCCGUUGGAGUGACAGCAGAGCUCUCAGUUGUGUGGAGCGUUUUGACACUUUCAGUCAGUACUGGACUACUGUGUCUUCUUUGCACCAGGCUCGAAAUGGGCUGGGAGUUGCAGUAGUCGGAGGAAUGAUCUAUGCUAUUGGAGGUAAGGGCAAAGAAUUGCAUUUCUGGGGGUGGGGGAUAGGCUGUUCUUUAGUACUUGCCACAGGUCUUUCUUAUUAUUCACUUAGUGGAAGGAACUCGCCCAGAGACAAGAUGUAGCAUUCUAAAGCCACAGUAUACAAAAGUUACAAUGAUGUCCUGAGUUUGACAGGGAGAAUAUCUGGGCCUUGCCGUUUGGGAUUCCCGGGGUUUGGGGACUCUGGUACAGUCCAUUUCCCCAGACUUCUCCAGUCCUUGCACCAUGCAGACAUAAACCCAUUCAUUGUCUUGCUAACAUAUUGCAGACAUUCAUAGGUAUGUAGUCAAACACACAGAUGUAGUUCCACUCACAUAUAGGGUUAUCAAAGUAAAAUGAUCAAUGACUUUUCUCAGUGUCCCAUUGUACCUUCCACCACUGAAGAUCUCUUUUUUCUGGAGGAGGCUGAGUGAGCCCCUUUACUUCUUUCAGGGUGGCAGGAGGAAGAGGAAGAAAAAACUUUGAUCACAUUUGCUUUCACCUUCCUGAAGCCUACAUAUUUUUGUAUUAUCAUCUCUCAGACUUGCAUAGUAUACACACAAACCAUGGUUUAGUGCUAUAUGGAUGAGCUUGAGUGAUGCAUCGAGCUUGAGUGCUUCUCCCAUGGAGUUUAGAUCCUGGCUUAAAACAAAUUCUAAUUAUCUGGUUUUGUAACUGUGGUUUAGAAUUAGCAUAUUACAAAUCUUAAGUUUGGUUUAAAUCAGGAUCUCUGAUUCAGACAUUACAAUAAGACAGGAUUCUGUAAAAGUUAAACUAAACUUACCAGAAGGACAUCUCCUUACUGCAUUGGGGGUGGAGGGUGCUGAGUGUGUGAGCUGGUUCUCAGCUCCUUCAUUCUGAUCCACAUAGCACUAAACCAUAGUUUUGCAAAUAAACAUAGAUGCUUCAAAUGAUCUUCUUUCCUGUUCUACAGCCACUACUACUAAAAAUACAAUUGCUUGUGGUCAUUCAAUGGCAGCUGUUUUUUGUAGGUUUAAGGAAAUGUAGGAAGCUGCCUUAUACUAGGUCAGACUAUUUGUCCACCUAGUCCAGUUCCACUCUAGUUCUCCAGACUUUCAGGUGGAGAGAGGUCUUUCACAUCACCUGCUACCUCAUCAUUUCAACAGGAGGUACCAGAGAUUUGAACCAGGAAUCUUCUGCACGCAAAGUGUUUUCAUUUAUAAACUGGAACACCAGGCACUCAUAGGAGGCAUUGCAUCCAAAAGUGCAGCCGUGCCUUAUCUUAGUUAUACUUGUUAAGGAUGUGGUAAAGUUCCUGCCAAAAGUGAAAACUCUAAGUGCAUCUGUGGUAUACAGACUUCUGCUGUGUGAAAUGAAAAGUUUUGUAAAUACUGUUAACUGUUGAAGCAUUCCAUCCUGUGCUUGCAGGAUACUCCCUGUCCUAUUAAUUAACAUCCUGCCAUUGCUGUUCCUGCUGCAUGCUUUUCUUCCUUUUGCCAUUUAACCCCUCAAACCUUUCAGUAGUUAGAAUUUUGCAGAAAUGUAAUUAUUGCAUAUUACUUAAAGAAGAUGAUAUGAUUUACAUUUUCCUUUAUGCCGGAUAACUUGUAUUUUGGAGAUAAAGUCAUACCAGUUUUGACUGGUGGUACCUGUGCAUCAGAGAACUCAUUUAGAAAUUGGGCAUUGGGGGAAGGAGAAGAACUUUGGCUUCAGAAAUGAAGCAUUGCAUCUUGCAACUAUGCUAAGAUGCUCAAUGGAUGAACUAUUCUGCUAUUAGUUGAUCAAUAUAUUGAAGAGAUAGCAUACAAAAGAUGUUUUAACUUCUCUAUGUUCUUGCCUCUCUUCUAAGGUGAAAAAGACUCUAUGAUAUUUGAUUGUGCCGAACGUUAUGAUCCUAUUACUAAACAGUGGGCAGCUGUAGCAUCUAUGAACCAUCCUCGCUGUGGACUUGGAGUGUGUGCUUGUUAUGGUACCAUCUAUGCUUUUGGCAAGUCCUUUGACUCUACAGAAUCCAUUACCUCCUUAAGCUAGGGGCAGAGUUUCAUUAGUGUUGUAUACUGUAGAAAAUAGGAAUAACUCCCAAACGUGUAUGGUAGCAACUAACUAGUAGCUUCUCUGGUAAAGUAUCCUUUUUUCAGUAAAAAGGUAAAGGGACCCCUGACCAUUAGGUCCAGUCGUGACCGACUCUGGGGUUGCGGUGCUCAUCUCGCUUUAUUGGCCGAGGGAGCCAGCGUACAGCUUCCAGGUCAUGUGGCCAGCAUGACUAAGCUGCUUCUGGUGAACCAACUUCAUCAGCCCUGGCCACCUUUACAUUAGACAGCCUUUUUGGCUCAGCUGCCAUUGUAGCUGCUUCAAGGAGAUAGAAAUAUUAACAAUGUUUUCUAUUCCUUGCCUUCAAACGUACUCUGGUUUUCAGGAGGCUGGGUUGGAGCAGAGAUUGGCACCUCGAUUGAACGUUUUGAUCCUGAAGAGAAUAGCUGGGAAGUGGUGGGCAGCAUGGCUGUGCCGCGCUACAAUUUUGGGUGCUGUGAAAUGCAAGGUGAGUGGACUUGGAUACAGUCAUACCCGUUACUUCCAGGUUUCGCCACUCGUGCAUGCGCAGAUGGUCAAAAUGACAUCACGCGCAUGCGUGGAAGCGGCGAAUCGCGACCUGCGUUCACUUCAGGAUGCAAACGGGGAUCCGGAACGGAUCCCAUUCAUAUUCAGAGGUACCACUGUAUUUGAAUAAUUGUUGCUUAUUGUUAAUACUGUCACAGACUACCCUUGGGCUGGUUCGGCACUCCAACUUGUGGUAAACCUUGCAGCUAGAUUGCGGAUGGGGACAGAUUAUCGGCAGCACAUAACUCAGGUGCUCAAAAGCUUGCACUAGCUAGCCCAUAGGCUAUCAGGUCAGGUUCAUGGUUCUUGUAUUAAUUUACAAGGCCCUUAAAUUGGUUCCAGGAUACUUCAAGGCUUGUGGAGUGUUCUAGGGGCCAGGUAGAGAGACAUGGAAGGCUGCUUGUGGUAUACACACUUACCUCAAGUCCCAUUUGAAUUUAACUUACUUCUGAGUAGGCAUGCAUAGAAUUGAGGUGAGCAUUUGGAAAAAUUGAUAACCUAACAAGUGGUGUGUUAUCUUGAAGGGCAUUGAGCAAACUAUGUGCAACAAUUUUGUUGCAUUAUGCAAAAGAGCUGAUAGUUUAGAAAGCAACUUCAAACUGCGAUCCACAACCCACUCAUUCAAGAACAGUCCUAAUAAGGAAGACCAUUGAAAUUCUUGGGAAUUACUAGGCUGCAGAUUACAGUCCACAGUGCAUGUUUUCUAGAAAUCCUUGAAUACCAACAGUGCUGGUGUGGCAUAGGUAUAAUAGAAAUUCCUUGCAUUUCCAGGUUUAAUUUAUAUUGUUGGGGGCAUCAGUAAUGAAGGAAUAGAACUGUGUUCUGUCGAUGCCUAUGAUCCAAUAUCUAAGCGCUGGUCUGCACUCCCUGAAAUGGGCACCAGAAGGGCAUAUCUGGGUGUGGCUGCUCUGAAUGACUGUAUCUAUGCUAUUGGAGGAUUGAAUGAGUCUGAAGAUGCUCUUCCAAGUGUUGAGAAAUACUCUUUUGAAGAGGUAGGUUUCAGUUCCCACAAAUCAGAUUCCAAGGUGUAUUCGUUGUUUAUGUUGGUUUGCAGUAGUUUGUCUCAUUGAUAGGUACAAAGAAAUGAAGUUGUCAGUAAUGCGUUCACCAGUCCCCCAAUGCAGCUGAAGUCGUGUGUGUGUGUGUGUGUGUGUGUGUGUGUAAGGUUAUGUUCAGAUGCACAUAGUUAAAGCAAUGAACCUGAUGUUGGCCUAUACUUAGACUUCUCAACUGAAUGACGUUCAGGAAUAUCCAGUUUUCCCUGUUUUCAUAAGAAGCCAACUAGGUAGCGUAUUAAUUGACUGGUUCUUGUGGCAGCCAUGAAGCCACUCACCUGUGCAAAGUGUCCAGAGCAAUAUUUUAAGUCUAAGAAAACCAGAUUGCUUCCGGGGUGUGUGUGUGUUUAAAUAGAUAAACAUACUAAGCAGGGAGAGAGGGGGAAGUAGAGAUCCUCCCACAGCAGAAACUUUCACCUGCUGCUGGAGGUUCUUAUGUCUAUAUAUAGCCUAAGUGUCCUACUUCCCCGGUGAUAAGUAGGCUAGUACCGUAUUUUUCGCCCUAUAGGACGCACUUUUUCCCCUCCAAAAAUGAAGGGGAAAUGUGUGUGCGUCCUAUGGGCGAAUGCAGGCUUUCACUGAAGCCUGGAGAGCGAGAGGGGUGGUGCGCACCGACCCCUCUCGCUCUCCAGGCUUCAGGAGAGCCCCAGCGCCAGCCCCACAAGGUCGGGGGACAGAGGGAGGCGGAACGCCGCCAUCCCGCUGUCUCCCGAAGUGGUUUGGAGGCUGACGGCGGGGAGACCCCGCCGCCAGCCCCGCAAGCUCCGGGGACAGUGGGGAGGCGCAGCGCGUCUCCCCGCUGUCCCCGGACCUGAUCUGAAGGCGGGCGGCGGGGAGAAGAGCGCUUCUCCCCGCUGCCUGCCCCGCAAGCUCCGGGGACAGCUGGGAGGCGCAGCGCGUCUCCCCGCUGUCCCUGGACCUGAUCUCAAGGCGGGUGGCGGGAAGAGCGCUUCUCCCGCUGCCUGCCCGCAGCUCCGGGGACAGCUGGGUGGCGCAGCGCGUCGCCCCGCUGUCCCCGGACCUGAUCUGAAGGCGGGCGGUGGGGAGAAGAGCGCUUCUCCCCACUGCUGGCCCCACAAGCGCCUGGGGGGGAAAUAUUUUUUUUUUUCUUUAUUUCCCCCCAAAAAAACUUGAUGCGUCCUAUGGAGCAAAAAAUACGGUAACUAUAAAAUCUCAUGCCACUAUGCCAAGUAACUAAUGGAGGUCACAGUCCUUCUGUUUUCCUGUUGUGACACCAUGAUACACUUGCUUUUGAAUGUGCAAAUAUUCCUUUCCUGCCCCCCCUCUUGUUUUUACUCAGAAUUAAUUUGAAUAAUUGCCACCCCCUGGCUCUGUACUUAGGCUCAUUUGGAGGGAAGGAUAGAAAAGAAAUGCAACAGCAAUAAUAGUAAACAGUAGUAGUAAACCCAUGGGUAUAGGGCAGGCACCCCCAAACUCAUCCCUCUAGCUGUUUUGGGACUACAAUUCCCAUCAUUCCUGACCACUGGUCCUGUUAGCUAGGGAUGAUGGGAGUUGUAGUCCCAAAACAGCUGGAAGGCAGAGUUUGGAGAUGCCUGGUAUAGGGCAGUAUAUCAAUAAAUAAAACCAUAAUGAUGAAAUGGAAUUCCACUACUAAGACUACGGUGAAUGGUCAGUUUAACACAGACCUUCCUACAGUUUAUUUACACCUGCUAACUGUAGAUUUAAAGCACAUCUCUGGAGAGGAACAUACUACAUAGAAAACAUUUUUUUAAUUAUUUGUUUCAUUCAUUAGGAGAAAUGGGUAGAAGUUGCUUCAAUGAAGGUCCCAAGAGCUGGAGUAUGUGUUGUAGCUGUGAAUGGCCUCCUUUACGCCAUUGGAGGAAGGACUGCCAGUUAUGAUUCAUCUGCCCCAGUAACAUCAGAUUCUGUGGAAGUUUAUAAUCCGCAUUUGGAUACUUGGACUGAAAUUGCUAACAUGAUCACUAGCCGCUGUGAGGGAGGUGUGGCGGUGCUCUGAAGAACAGAACACUUAAAAACAACUAAGAUUGGGGAGUGGAUUUUCAAGUGUUCUCGGAAUAGUGACAGUUUGGGCUAGAGACUUCUGUUCACAGGCUCUACUGAAACCGUAUGCUUCUCCAUGUGGAACAUAAACUUCAUGGGUGAUUCUUCCAGUUUGUUGAUGGUUGAUUGCUGCCCUUGACACUUGGGAAACCGUCUGCUGUUCGUCACAUGCCAAGACACAAUCAGAAUGCAGUUGGACUUGCUGUAUUUGAAGUGGAGAAGGUUGAAAUUGUCCUAACCACAUUACUUCCUAACAGGGAUCCUAAGCAAUAGUUUUAUUCUCAUGAAAAUCCAUUACAUUAUUUAUUUAUGAGCAGACGUUGGCUUUCCAUAGCCUAAAUUAGUUUCCUUGGAGAAAUGCAACAAAAUGAUGGAGCUAUUAUUUACAUACUUGUUUGGGACUUUUGUUUUAGCUGCUCAUUGCCUUUAGGAAUAAGUCAAACUUGCUUACAAAAUGAAAGUAUGGUAGUUUACAUCUCACUCUUAUUUAUUUAUUUAUUUAUUUAUUCAUUCAUUCAUCCAUCCAUCCAUCCAUCCAUUCAUUCAUAUGCCACCUCUUUCCCUGAUGGGACUCAAGACAGCUUACAGAUAAGAAUAUUCCAUUCCCUGGCUCAUGUUGGAUAUUAAGAAUCUGCCCUCGGCUUUGGGCUUUUGUUCCACAUAUGCAUACUUAGCUAUGUAGGACUGUUUAAGACAGGAGACAACUGCAAUAUUAAAAACCAAAAACAAAUCUGUCUUCACAUUUCCUGCCCCGUAUGACUUCCAAAGGAUCCACAUCAUGCCCUGUGCUUCCAUGGUGAAGCAAAGAGUUAAAAGCAAUAAAAACAAGCACAAUAAAGGAGUUGGAUGAGAGAGGGAAAUGGCAGUAGCAAAAUGAUCUAACAUCAGAUGGUAGUCUACCAGUUCAUUUAUUAUAUCAUAAAUGCCUUUUCCAUCUUUGUAGCGCCUUACCCCAUACACAGUUACAUCUGUGGAGAAGCAUCACUAUGGCUGAGUACUAUUACCAUGUCAGUGGAAAACAGUUCCCUGCCUUAUGACACACAACUCUACUUCUCCUUUGCAUCUGCAAGUGAGGCACUGGAUGUGCUGGACUGAUGUCUUGCCCCAGUAAUGCACUGGAUGACAGCCAACAAACUGAAGCUCAAUCCAAAGAAGGCUGAGAGGAUGGGGUUACACUCCCUCUGAAGGAGCUGGUACAUAGCUUGCGGGUACUCCUGGAUCCUUUGCUGUUGCUUGAGGCUCAAGUGUCCUUGAUGGCACAGAGUGCCUUCCAUCAGCUUUGGCUGGUGGCUCAGCUGCACCCCUAUCUGCGCCCCUAACUUCUGUUGUCUAUACUUUGGUAACCUCUAUGUUAGAUUACUGCAAUGCCCGAUACAUAGGGCUGCCUCUGAAGACGAAUUCAGCUGGUGCAGAAUUUGGCGGCCAGGUUGCUCACUGGGGUAUAUUACACAGAUCCUAGCUCAACUGCUUUGGCUGUCAAUUAGCUUCUGGUCCCAAUUCAGAGUGCUGGUUUUGACCUAUAAAGCCUUAAACAGCUCAGGACCACAAAAUACAUGAAGGACUGCUUCCCAUAUACAGUGGAACCUCUAUGUGCAACCAUAAUCUGUUCCGGAGGUCCAUCCAGAGGUUGAAACCGGUUGCUGGGAGAGGUGCCAUUGUGCACAGCGGCGAUUGCCCACUUCUGCGCAUGUGCAAAUGGCGAUUGUCACUCCUGCGCAUGCACAAACAGCAGCAAACCCACUGGUUACUUCCAGGUUUGCCGCGAUUGCGACUUGGAACAAUCGUAAGAGGCAGUGGUAAGUAGAGGUUUGACUGUACUGUCCCAGACUCCGCGUUCAUCUGAGGCCUUUCUCCGCGUGCCUCCACUUGGGGUUCGGAGGGUGGCAACACAAGAACAGACCUUUUCUGCAGUAGCUUCCCAUUUGUAGAAUGCUCUCCCUACAGAGCUUCACCUGGCACCUUCAUCUUUAGACACCGGACAAAAUUUAACUCUUCAACCAGGCUUUUGGUUGAUUAAUAUUCUAUAGCCUUUUAAAUGUGUUUGUGGGAAGGAGGGAUUGUUUUGUGUUUUUGUUUUAAAUAUUUACAUCCAUUUUUACCUUGUAUUUUAUCCUGUGAACUGCCCUGAGAUCUUAUGAUGAAGGGCGGCAUAUAAAUCUAAUAAAUAAACAAACAAACAAAUAAAUAAAAUACAUGCAGGUCCCGCUAUUGGAACACUAAUUAUCCAAAAUCUCAGUUAUCAGAACCCAAAGAACUAUACCAGAACCUUGUUAUAUAAACAGCUGAUUCAGAUAUCCAAAAAGCCAUUGUUUGUCUACUUCCCUACCUAUUUCUGAGGAGAAAUUGGACAAAUUGGAGCAGGAGAAAUCAAUCAUUUUUUCCUUUGUUUGACUUUUGCUGGCUGGCUACAGCAGUUUGGGGCAGAAACCAGGGAGGGAGUUUGGACAAAUCACAGAUUAGAAAUGUUCCCGUAGGAAAUAAUAAAAAUCAGCUUGUUAUGCAAAUGCUAACCUAGUGAUUUCCUGGGAAUGCACUGUGUUGGAAAGCAGGACUUGUGUGUACUUUUAUCACAGUCUAACCAUCCUUGACUAGAAGUCCCAUUUAUGUAGUACUAAAUAUGGGGACCUUCCAGACUGGCUGUUUACUGAACAUCCAUCCCAAUAUAUUUGCACAGAGGCUGAACACUUACUACCAGCUAGUGGUUGCUAUUGCAGGCUUCCGCGUUAGCAGCCCACUGAUCAGGAUUUAGCAGAAAGCAAAUUCCAUUAAAACAAGAGAUUUACUGCCAUUUAACAACU